GGGAGACAGAUGGAUAGCAACAAGAUGAGAGGCUAAUAAACUGUCCAGAAUAACUUAACAGCUGGAUACUUAAUUGAGAUAAUUACUUUCCCCUUUCAGCAGAAACAACUUUGGGUUCGUUAAUUGGAAACAUUUAAGAUUUUUUUAAACUCAGACUUUAAAAAAAUCCUUUUGGACAUUUAGGCAUUUGUGGUGUGCUUAUCUUGCGGGACUUCUUAUUCAUUUCUCAUUCAGACAGAACAGAAGUAACAAGGGUAACAUGCUGACAGAGUGAUGGUUGUUCAUCUUCAGCUCUGGAGCUAUGAUCUCUGAGGCUGACAGACAGGGAGCAGUCAGACCCAAGAGGUCACCAUCAGACAGACACAGGGAUAGGGACAGGGAUAGGGACUUCAGCCCCAGACGGAGAUCAGAAGCUGACCAACACUAUUUACAGGAGAGACAUCAAGAGGGCAUCAACGACCUCCCUGCAGGGAAGAGACAAAUGAUGGAGAAGUUUUUCACUCCUGUUCAUAGUCCUCCUCCAGGUGGGAUCACAUCACAGAAGCACCGCCAUCACCAGGAUCAAGAAAGGGAGAUACACAGCUACAGGAUGUCACGGGACAAUGAUAGACGCAGCAGUGAACGCCACGUUCACCACCAUCACCGUGGUAACCAUUUCCAAGAUGACCAGGAGCAAUGCCAUAGACGUCACCAUCAUCAUCCUCAGCACCUUCAUCACGACGACGAGAUGUCGGACCACCACACCACAGUCACCCUCUCCAGAGCAUCUUCCUCCUCCCUCUCAUCUUCCGACUCUUCCGACUCCGACUCUUCCAUCGAAUGGUCCGGCAUUGACGACAAGUUCUCCCUGAAGCACGCCAGCCGGCCGCAACAUACCAUGUCCUGCUCCAACAUUGCAGGAGGACGACAGUUCCGGGAGGAUGACAGUGAGCUGCAGGUGUAUGCCACGGUCAAACAGGGGCAACUGCACGGAGGAGGAAGCCCUGGGACCAACCAUCGGGCCCAGGGGAGGGGAGGACAAGAGCCCAGCUACUCCGAGCUCAACCGGGGCCACAGCCGCAGUGAAGAGGGGUUGCUGCAGAAUACAGGCACUGACAGAGGGAAAGCACGGACACCCCCACACCUGAAGCACGGACCCCUCUACAAGACAGCCAGCCUGGGCCGUAGCCUGGCCUUCAGUGAAGAGGUCCUGGCUGGGCCAAAGAGGGCAGUGUCCUCGAUCCAGCUCCCCAGUAAAGGCAUCCUGAAAAACAAGGAGGCGCCGCCGGACAUCCGCAAGGCCAAAUCCAUGGAGGUGCUGUCCCCCCGUGUGGCAGGCAAGACAGCAGGGCCCAAGGGGAAGCAGGAUGUGGAGGCUCUGAAGGAUGCAGCCAGGCAGAGCAUGGUGAAGGGGAAGAUACAGUUCUCUGCCUUCCUGGAUGAGAUCACUAAACAGGUCAUCAGCCCCGCCCGUCUCAAUACUCUGGGGGUCCCUGUCGAGACUGUAGGACCGGGUCCAGCCAAAACCCCAGCAUCCCCCAAAUCUCAACUGAAAAGUCAGCCCCAGCUUCCCUUGAAAAAGCAGGGAGAUGGGCAGGGGGAGGAGAGGGAGACGGUUACUAAACCUAGGAAACUGAGGAAUGACUCUGACACAAGAUCACGGAAAAUAUCUCUCCCUACAAAGUUUGGGUAUGAAAGCAAGAACCACACUCCUCGUCUAGGCAGCCCCCCAACCCGCCACUCCAGCCAACCCUACCCGCCCCACCCACCGGCUGGCUAUGAAGACCAACCGGCCUCCCUGCCUGACUUCCAGGGUCCGGUCGGUAAUAGGCAUGGGCGGUAUGGCUCCCUUCUUACAGACGGCACUGUCAGCUCCAGCCCUGAGCCCAGCCAUCAGAAACACCGGAGCUACAAACACCUUGACCAGAGCCACAGGUCCACCCAUAGCCCACCUUCAUCUCCACACACCCAGCAACCCCAGCUAUCCCACCGCACCCCAAUACGCACACACUCCCCUCCUCCAGUGCCAGGGCCCGAGUCGGAGUCUCCCUCCAGCAAGUCUGACUCAUCCCGGAACAGAGACCGAGACACGGCCAGCCCCAGCUCCGAGCAGAGCGACCGCCACAACCGAUCAACCUACCGCUGGCGUCCAAAGCCACACAGGGCCUUGACAGGUGACAAAGGCGAACUCCAGGCACUGCAGGAGGAGAAUGCUGAGCUGCACCAGAACCUGAUGCAAACAGUAGUCUGCAUUGAGAGUCUGGAGGCGGAGCUAGCCAGGGCCAGGGAGGAGCUUAGCCACAUGAAGGAGAAGUUCAAGAGACUCCAGGACACACACACAGGUACCCAGCACACCAACAGCCUUCUGGGGGAGAAACUGCACUCAGCGACUGAGAGCCUUAGCUCUGAGAGGAAGUAUAUGGUGCAGCGUAUUGCCCAUCUCAGCACAGAGCUGGAGCAGGCCAACGCCACCAUCGCCUCUCUGGAGAACAUCAAUGUUCCCUGUCUGAUCAAGGAGCUCAUAGAGAAGCACUUUGACUCUGGAGACACUGUCAAGCAGUUCCUGAAGAACACCUUGAAAACCGGCCAAUCCAUAAGCGACAUCCAAUCACCCGCUACCAAACUGGAGCAGAAGCCGUCUGAUUGGUCAGGUGCAGGACUCAGGGAGUGUGAGGCGGGUCCACAAAAGGUCACUGCUUUUAUGCCCUGGAAGCAGGAGGAGGGGUUUGGGGUGAUAGGUCAGACAGGAAAUGAGGAUUCUCGCCCGAUGAGUCCCCCUUUCUCCGUCGCUGACAUCAGUAUGGCUAUCUAUAAGAAACUAGCUGCCAGCCAAGCGGCAAGACAGCCCCGGCCUUCCAACCUCCAACCUCACACUGACACCCCUCCCAACCCCUACCCUCUGGUGGAGUUGGGAACAGGGGGUGCAGAAGGUGCAUGGGAGGAGGGUUACCUUGUGCCUGCUGUCAAGGGGGGCGUGGCAGCUGCAGGGAGAGCAGCUGAGAGUAAGCAGGGUGCUGUUGUUGAUGUGUCCUAUCUGACGGCCCAGAGGGUUCUGGAUGACUUCAUGCACCAGCUGACACACCCAGAGGAUGGGAGCGGAGGUGGGGAGAGGGGGCACAAGGCCAACGGGGGAGGGGGAACAGCUGAAGAGAGGGGGGCGGAGUGA